CCCAAGGGUGCAGCGCUGUGAAAUCAUAUCAAGUGAUCUGAGUGUUGGGAUUAAAUUGAGAUCCAUGGAGAGGAAAGUGUUGAGGGGGGUUAUGGCAAUUUUCCUCUUAGGGGGGUGGUGUCAUUGUGAUGGCUGCUUGGACCACGAAAAAACUGCUCUCUUGCAACUUAAACAUUCCUUCAAUUAUCACAACCAUGGUUUAGAUGAAUGGGUGGAGGGAGAUUGUUGUAAAUGGAAAAGGGUUGAGUGUAAUAUUUUCACUGGUCGAAUCAUUCGACUUUUCCUUAACCUUACAGCCAUUGAACACCAACAUGGCUUCUUUAAUACUCAUCAUGUGGGGAACGGUGUAGAGUAGUAUUGGGGAAAGAGGGAGCAAUGGCAUCUCAAUGUUUCUUUGUUUCUUCCUUUUUCAAGAAUUAAAGAGUGGGAAUUCAAUAGCUGGGUGUGUUAACAGUCAAGAAACAAGGAGAAUUGCGGGCUAUGAAGCUUGAGGUGCUUGAUUUAAGUGUAAAUUUCUUCAACAACACCAUACUCUCAUUCCUUGCUUUACUCUCAAAUUUGAAGUUUUUGAAUAUCAAAUCUAAUAGAUUGGAAGGAGCUAUACACAUUAAAGAUUCAGAAAUUUGGAAGAGUUAUUCUUGCAAGGUUCUUGGACAUUUGACUUCUCUCAAGCGUUUGGUUUUAUAUAAAUGUGAGAUCAAUGGAAGCCUAACCCUUCAAGGCUUUUGCGGAAUGACAAAUCUUCAAGAAUUGGAUUUCACCAACAGUAAUUUAAAGGGUGGCUUGCCCAAUUGCUUCUCCAACCUCACAUCUUUACGUAAAUUAGAUCUAAUUUCUUACAAUAUAUUAGCCCUUCACAGUUUAAAAUCCCUUGAAACAUUAGCUCUUUCUUUCAAUACAUCUGUAUUCCAAUAACUUCUCUAGAAAUAUAUCUGCCCUUGAGAGUAUAACAUCUCUUGAAAGAUUCUCUCUCUCUUCCAACCAAUUUUUUGGAAAUAUUUUAGCUCUUAAGAAUCUACCAUCCCUCCAAGAUUUGAGCCUUUCGAAUCCCGAUCUCAUUGGGGCCUUUGUUCAACCUUUCAAAACUCAAAUGCCUAUAUGCUGACAACAAUAUUGUACAUGCUGGAACCCAUAUGCAUUCUUUGGCCCCUUGUUCCAACUAAAAGAUCUUAGUUUAUCAUGUUGUGGAGAUCAGAGAUUUAAAUUGCGGUCGCGUCGCGUUUGUCGCGGUCGCGGACAUAACGGACGCUAUUGCGGUCACUGCGGGUAUCGCGGUCGUGAAUUUUUUUCAAAUUCGCACAACUUACUGUAAAACAUAGUAAUUAUAAUUAUAAUUAUAAAAAGUCACUUUGAAUGAUUUUUAGAGUGUUUUCUAACACUUAUGAACCUUUAUUAAUAUGACAUGAGAA